AUUCCCGGAUAUUUUCUUUCCUCUUCUCAGUCUGAAAAAGUGGCCGCGUGCUCCUUGGCUACUUAGAAUCCGGAGCCAUCCUUCGCAUUUAAUGGACGCUUGUGGAUUAAUAGUGUCAUAUUGAUCACAAGUUAUCUAUUGAAACUUUUUAAGCUUAUUUUGAUAGGCAAACGGAGGAUCCAAUACACGCUAAAUUGCUCAGUAUACUAGAUGGAGAACAAAAGGAAGACAAAGAAGAUUCAGAUGAUCUACACCAGUCGCAACCAGAUGCUGGCCCAAGGAAUUGGGAAAUAUUCCCAGUCAGCUAUGUAUGCCCAUAAGGCAAUGUAUGAGCGCAAGUACAGGUCUCCAAAAACAAAGAUUGAGAAGAAAAAAGAAAAAAAUCCACCUAUUAUCAUAAUGCCUCUUGAGGGUGAUAAGAAUGGGGGACGCAGAGAAGCCAAACUUUGCAAAACGCCAAGAUAUUACCCAGCAGAAGAUGUUCCCCGUAAAGUCCUGAGUCAUGGCAAAAAGAAAUCUGCCCAACACAAGAGGAAUCUCCGCAUUUCUAUUACUCCAGGAACUGUCCUAAUCCUUCUUACUGGUCGCCAUCGAGGCAAGCGAGCUGUCUUCCUGAAGCAGCUUGGAAGUGGUUUGUUGCUGAUAACAGGGCCCCUUGCUAUCAACCGUGUUCCACUUCGUAGGGCUCAUCAGAAAUUUGUCAUUGCAACUUCAACCAAGAUCGACAUCUCUGGGUUAAAACUUCCCAAACACCUCAAUGAUCUUUACUUCAAGAAGAAACGGCUGCAUAAACUGAAAAACCAAGAGGGUGACAUUUUUGAUAUGGAGAAAGUGAAGUACAAGAUUACAGAGCAACGCAAAGCAGACCAGAAAGUCGUGGACUCCCAAGUCCUGCCGGUCAUUAAGAAGGUGCCUCAACUUCAAGGCUAUCUACGAUCCACAUUUUCACUUGCGAAUGGAAUGUAUCCUCACAAAUUGAUAUUCUAAACAGCCUGCAUGGCAAGUGAACCAUCAAAUGCUGCUUUAGUCUCAUUUCUUUUAUAGCGAUCUAGAUAUGAAAUGUGUUUUUAUUUAGCUUUUUCCUGAUAGCUAAUUAUUUUUCAUUUGACCUUGCUGCAAGUUAGGGUUUGCCAUUUACUCUCGCCCCAGGUUCUAAAAUUCUCCAAAUUUGCUUAGCAAGGUAAGAUCAGAAUUCAGAAUGUUACUUCCAGUAAAUUAAACACAUAACAUUCUGAUGGGUGAUGGAACCAGGUUUCACUUUUAGCAGUGUACCUCCAUAAACAAAAACAUUGUAUUUAAAGCUUCAACCAAAUUUGUUAACCCUCACAUUCACAUUUCAAUCAUACAGACUUGAUAUGUGAACUGGCAAGGUGUUCCCUGUGUACCAGAAACUGGAUUUUAGUUUUGUUAAAAGAGUAUCUGAUCAUGAUAGUUCUUCAGAAAAAUUUGUAGAGAUGGAGUAAAUGAAGACUAAGCUUCUGGACUGCUUCCCUCCCUUUUACCUAGAUCUGAUAGAAGUUGCAGUCUAGCAUCAUUUUAGAGAAUUACAAAAUUUCCCUUUAAUGUACUGAAGUGAAAACAAAAAUUAAUGGACAAAGUUUACUUUGACAUAAUUUGCACAACUUCCAUUUCACUUUGAAAUAAAGUACUAUUGGCUUGGUUUAUAAAAGCAAAAAUGUCAUUUUUUGUCACAGGUGAACAGUAAAGAAGAAAACUGCACCACUAUUACAUAAAAUCAAUGAAAUCUCUUAAUUUGAAAUAGUAUUGUUUAAAAGAAGAGAAUUCUGAAAUGGUGAAUUAUUUAUAUAUUUUCACUUUUAUAUGAAAUAUCUGGUCAAUGACAGUUUAUUUUCCAAGCAUUUUUGCUCAGUUAUUUUUCAUUACCAGAAGUUGAUUCUAAUCAUUGUUCUCAUUCAUUAAGAAAUUUUUAAAAUUAAAAUAGUUUUAAGAUAAUGCCAUAACAAAAGUGUGAGCCCUUCCUUAUUUUUGGAAAUUACAAAAAUGUAGCUGAAAUAAUUUUUAAAAAUACAUUAUUUGGUACCUAUUAGUAACACAACACUUUCAGAAAAAUAAUACACAGAAAUGAAUCUGGAAUAAAUCAGCAGACAUUGGAACAAAUUUAAUUGGAACUGAUGCUAUCACAAGCAUUUAUCUUUUACUAGGAUUUUUAUUUUGUUUUCCCAAGUCUUGAGAGGCUGAGAAAGAUUUCUAAUGGGAACAACUGAAGAGCCUGUUUUCUUAUUUAAUUUGUUGUAUUCACAAAUGAUAAAACUUCCUCAAAUCUGAGGGUUUAAUUUUCCUCAAGAAUAGAUCAGUCAUAUCAGAUAUUCCAAAUUUUUAAUUUUACAGUAAUGGUGGAAAUUCAGCUAUUGCCACCAAAGUGGCAUUCAGCAGAAUCAAAUUUUCUACUAAGAACACUUGGAAAAUGCAUUACUUUAGCAGAAUAAAUUUUAGGUUAAUUUAGGCUUUUCUUCAUUAUAGCUGUUACAAAGUGUUAACUGUUUUUCUUUCUUGCAUUCUUCCAGAGCAUUAUGAAGGCUUGUCAAUGCAGUAUACCUGUAGAUGGUUUUUGUUGUGUCUUUUCUAUAUAAAAGUAAAAACAUUACAAACUCA